AUGACAGGAGCCAUGGUCACCCCACCAGUGGUGGAGAAAUGGCUCCAGGGAUUGGAUGGCCCCUGGGGAGAAGACCCAGAAACAGAAGAUAUAAACCUUUACAAGAAGAACCCAGACCCCAUCAUAGACCUCUGGAACAUGAGAGUUGUGUUCUUCUUUGGCAUCUCUAUUGCCAUUGUCCUAGGCUCUACCUUUCUGGCUUAUCUCCCUGACUAUAAGAUGAAAGAAUGGAGGCGGAGGGAGGCAGAGCAACUGCUGAAGCUAAGGGAGGCCCAGAGCCUUCCCCUUAUGACUUCCAACUAUUUUGACCCCAGAAGAAUUAUUUGUCCUGAUAAUGAGGAAUAA